CUAAUAGACGUUUAGAUCUCUUUUGUUCGUUUGGAUGACCAUCCUUCGAGCCAAGUUCAGUUGGCUAUUGAAUGUUCUGGCUAUCGGAGUGAAACUUCUUCUCAAAGUGCACAUUCUGCGCUUUCUGUUCCUUGGAAUCGUUAUGUUUGGAUCUGGUUAUUAGCUCGACAUAGUUAUUUUCGCUUUGAGCACAAUCACGCGUAUUUGGUUUCCGAUUUAUACACGCGAUGCAGCAAGAGCUAGAAAUGGAUAUACGGAGGCUACCUGAGUCAACCGAGACGGGGGAAAACGAGGUAGACAUGGUACAGAAAGGGCAAUUGGAACCAGCGGAAGGAAUGGGCGUCGAAGAAGAAGCCCAAAGUGGAAAGAGGAGCAGGUUAAGAAUGGUGGCUAUCAUCACUGCGCUUUUUCUCUCCCUCUUCGUCUCAGCCCUCGACGCAACAAUCGUCUCCACAGCUCUCCCCACCAUUUCCCGCGACCUCAACAGCGCCACGGGCUACACUUGGAUCGGCGGCGCGUACCUGCUUGCCAACGCCGCCUCAGGCCCUAUCUGGGCCAAAUUGUCUGACAUUUGGGGCCGCAAGCCCAUCAUGUUGGCUGCACUUGCCGUUUUCUUUGCUAGCUCGACGGUUUGUGCGACAGCGAAGACGAUGCAGGAAUUGAUUAUCGGGCGCGCGUUUCAGGGUACUGCGGGUGGGGGGUUGAUUCUGUUGGUGCAUGUUUGUAUUAGUGAUUUGUUCAGUCUGAGGCAGAGGAGCCUGUUGAUGGGCUUCACCGAGGGUAUCUGGGCGCUGGCAGGAGGUAUCGGACCAGUUUUGGGCGGUAUCUUUGCUAGUCUUGUGACUUGGAGAUGGUGCUUCUAUAUCAAUUUACCCAUCUGUGGAUUCGCUGCUAUACUCAUAGUUCUGUUCUUGGACAUCAAGCACGAACACACCUCCUUCAUCGAUGGCAUCAGAGCUGUGGACUGGUUCGGCAUCUUCACCUUCCUCGGCUUCACGCUCAUGAUCCUUUUGGGUCUCGAUUUCGGUGGCGUAAUAUUCCCUUGGGACUCGUCCAAGGUCAUCGCUCUACUCGUAGUAGGCGGAGUCAUGAUCUUUGCGUUCAUCUACAGCGAGGCAAAAGUGGCCAAGUACCCGUUGAUUCCCAUGACGGUGUUCCGUCGGAGAACAAACGUCGCCGCUUUUCUCGUCGUAUUCUUCCACGGCUUCGUCUUCAUUGCAGGCGAGUACUAUAUGCCGCUGUAUUUCCAGGCCGUCCUCGAAGCUUCUCCGUUACGAUCUGGAUUGCUCCUUCUCCCUUUUAUCGUCACAGGUGCGAUUGCUGGAGUUCUCUGCGGCCUCAUCAUGCACAAGACUGGUCACUUCCGCGAGAUAAUUUGGGUGGGUACCGUGAUUUGCACCAUUGGUUUCGGCCUCUUCAUCUCCUUCGACGCAUACACCUCGACCGGGAAAGCAGUGGGUUGCGUAAUCGUCGGCGGUCUCGGAUCCGGGAUCUUGUUCGAAGCACCAAUGAUUGCUAUCCAGAGUCAAGUUGAACAGCAACAUGUCGCUACCGCUACCGCGACACUGUCUUUCGUUCGUAACAUUGGCGUCGCCAUAUCCACCAUCAUCGGCGGCACAAUCUUUCAAAACUCGAUGAACAGCCAGGCUUCUUUGCUCCGAGAUGCUGGGCUACCUCAGGAUCUACUAAAUCAGCUCGAUGGCGACAGCGCGUUGGCGAAUGUCAUGCUUCCUGCUACGUUGCAAAACCCGGCAUGGGAACUUGCUGCAAAACAAGCCUUUGCCUAUGCGAUGCGCAAUAUGUGGAUCACGUAUACGGUACUCGCCUUCUUGAGUUUUGUCGCAAGUCUGUUUAUCAAGGCCGCAGUACUAGGAACGGAUCAUGUAGAGACUGUCACUGGGUUGAAGAAAGAGAAGGUUGCGGCAAGAGUAGAGACGGACAGUUCGUAGAAUGUAAAAUGCGUUGUGGUGUUCCUGCAGUCGUCGGAAUGCUCACAGCAGCGAUGAUGACGUCACGCCUUGGAAACAACCCGUGGACCUUGCGAUAGGAAAAUGAUCUCGACCCGACUUACUCCAGGUAUCAAUUAUCUAGAUCAAAUCUCGAUCCCUGUCCCCACUGGCCCUGCUUACCGCUUACCUUCAUCGGUUCCAUUUGAUUUCUGUUCUCG